UGCCACACCCCAUCAGUCUAGUCACACCCGACCCCCACAAGCCCUGUCCCCGCCCCAUUAUCCUGAGAGAAAGAGGAAUGUGUCCUCUCAGAAUCAUUCUCAUCUUCCUCUCUGCGACUCUUUCCGGAUUCUUCGUGCUUCGCAACAACAAAUCUCCACCAAAUGCUGCCGAAAACAAAGGCGUUGAUAAUGAAUCUUCGGCCAAAGCUCCCACCAACUCAUCCUCUCCAUGUUCCGCACCUUCACGCUCCAAGGUAUCAGGUAUCAUUCGGGAAGGAUUUUGGACUUGGACGGUUGUUCCUUGGGAUAGGGGCGACGGCGGGCCAGCAAAGGUGGGCGAGCAGAGGUGGAUUAUGGACAAGAAGGAAGGAGAGGGAUUGGAGCGGCCGACGCCUCCAUCGCACUUCGUAGCCUCUGCUGGUCGCCAUCUUUGUCGCUCUCCAUUGCAUAAGAAAGGAGAGGGAUUGACCGAGAAUCGAUGGUCGCCAUCUUUGUAGCAAGGGUUGGUGCCAUCUUCGUCGCCGGCUUCUUGGGUAGCGCAUAUUCUGCAGAGGACGACGGGAGUAACAGGACUUCUUAGAAUGCUGCGCAGAAUUUUUUUAUUUUUAAGGUCACUUUUUUGUCAUCUAAAAACCAGUCAUAUUUUUGUCCAUUUAAAGUGUACAAGUAAUAUCCUUACCAUUAUUUCUAACUUAUAGGCAUUUCAUCGAGCAUCUUAUAUGCAAAGUUAACAUUUUAACAUCAUCUUGUGACUUCAAAUCUGAA